UAAAUAGACGCGUCUCAUCGGCGGAGGACGACAACAUGGCGGCCUCCUUACGUCUGGGUCGUCAAGGGAUUUUAUUUGGCUUUAGAUUAGCUGCUGCUUUUGAUAGAUGUUUAUUGGCCACGCAUCCAUGUCAGGACAAUGUCAGACACUUGUUUCGAUCACCGCGGAUCCUUGGUGUCAGCCCAGUCAAAGUGGAAAUGCCUGCACUCUCACCGACCAUGGAGGAGGGAAGCAUAGUUAAAUGGCUGAAAAAGGAAGGUGAGGCAGUGGCAGCAGGCGAUGCCCUUUGUGAGAUUGAGACUGACAAGGCUGUUGUCACCAUGGAAUCUAAUGAGGAUGGCAUCAUGGCAAAGAUAUUGAUGGAGGAGGGAAGUCGGAAUGUGCGCCUGGGCACUCUCAUUGCCCUCAUGGUGGAGGAAGGGCAGGACUGGAAGCACGUUGAGGUCCCCCAUCUAGAUGCUGCAGGUCCACCUUCGACGGAUGCAGUUGUGCCCCCUGCUGCUCCCUCUCCAGCCCGUCCGCCAAAACCAGUCGUGUCAGGACUGUUACGUCUGAGUCCAGCAGCAAGACAUAUCCUCAACACCCAUGGAGUUGACGCAAAAUUAGCCACACCCACUGGGCGAAGAGGACUUAUCACCAAGGAAGAUGCGUUGAACCUCCUCAAGAAAUCUCCUGUCCCGAAACCGGCUCGAGCCGCGGCCGCCCCGAGGCCGGUCCCCUCCCCGGCGUCUACGCCUCCGCCCUCAGGCAGCAGACCCAACAUACCUCCUCUCUCCGUACCGGGGAAACCAGGAGCACCGGGCACUUUCACAGAGAUCCCAGCCUCGAAUGUUCGCCGUGUGAUUGCUCAAAGACUGACUCAAUCGAAGACCACCAUCCCCCAUGCGUAUGCCUCAGUGGACUGUGACAUGGCCGCCGUCAUGCACCUCCGCAAAGACUUGGCCAAAGAACAGAUCAAAGUGUCAGUUAAUGAUUUUAUUAUCAAAGCAGCUGCUGUUACACUUAAAGAGAUGCCAGAAGUUAAUGUGACCUGGUCUGGGGAUGGACCCCGUGCACUUGAUUCAAUCCACAUUUCAGUUGCAGUGGCAACGGACAAAGGCCUCAUCACCCCCAUCAUCAAGGACGCUGCUGACAAAGGAGUCCAGGAGAUCUCGGCCAAUGUUAAGGCCCUCGCCCAGAAGGCUCGAGAUGGGAAACUUCUACCUGAGGAGUACCAGGGAGGCUCAUUCAGUAUUUCAAACCUGGGGAUGUUCGGCAUCAGUGGCUUCAGCGCCGUGAUCAACCCUCCCCAGGCCUGCAUCCUGGCCAUCGGGACCUCCCGGUCUGAACUGCGGCUUUGCGAGGACGACCAGACGUUGAGCACCCAGCAGCUGAUGACGGUCACGCUGUCCAGUGACGGGCGGCUGGUGGAUGACGAAUUGGCCUCGCGGUUUCUCGAUAAAUUCCGCGGCAACCUAGAACACCCGCAACGCAUGGCGCUCGCGUGAGAAGCUAAACGAGGUACAAACGCCUACAUGUCUUUGCCUCUAUCGUCCUCUCGCAAGCAGAGAGCUCUUACAAAGUGGGUUCCCUCUUGCGUUUUUUCGAUUAAGGCUUACACAUGUAGACUGGUGCAUAGUAUGAACUUGUUUUUGUGGCUUGCCUCUGAUGGAUAAUCACCAGGCUUUGUGAUAGAGCAGUUAAACUGGGCUUGUGCUCGAGAGGAAGACGAUCGUGGGAGUGGAAGUUUUGUGGCAGAAUGCGUCUCACAUCAUUUAAUGGUGGCGUUCACAACCCCAUAUGAAGUGACUAUUUCACUUCCAUUUAUAAUUUCCAGUCCCAGUGUAUCUAGUCUAUGUCACUAUUAAUACAUGUGGCAGUGGCACUGUAAAAAAGAAAAAGCUAUUUAUCAGUGAAGAUCGGUGAAUCAGAAUCAGUGAAUAGCGGUGCCGUUUCCAACAAGGGUCAACCGGGUAAACCAUUUACUGUUGUUCAGCUCCUCAACUGUUAAUACACGUUAACUUAUUUAAACAGAUCCUGUGUCAUCCCUGACAACUAAUCUCUUAAAUCCAUGUGUAUACAAAAUAAAUGGAAUCAUGUCAAUUUUGUUUUCCUUAUAUGCCAAUAAAACACAUUUUUCAACCAUGAAA